GUGCUGGACUGACCUGCACAUCAAGAAACUUUCUCUCUAACAAUUUCGAUCAUGCAAUGACAACAGCCCAAUUUCAUCAACCUAAGCAGAGCUUACAGUUAGUUGCUCAAGAAGUGAAUUACAAAAGUAGUUCUCUUGAUUAA